UAGUGCGCCUGCGCCGUGUUGUGGCGGCUGUUUGUUCGGCUUCGGGGCCGCGUACGAGUUUGAGGGGAGGGAGCGGCGGCUGCGGUGUGGGCUGAGAAGGGGGGACGGCAUGGCGCAGUACAAGGGCGCGGCGAGCGAGGCCGGCCGGGCCAUGCAGCUGAUGAAGAAACGAGAGAAGCAGCGGGAGCAGCUGCAACAACUCAAGCAGAAGAUCGCUGAGGAGAAUCUGGUCAAGUCCAACAUCGACAAGAAAUUCUCAACGCACUAUGAUGCGGUGGAGGCCGAGCUGAAGUCCAGCACCGUGGGGUUGGUGACCCUAAAUGAUAUGAAGGCAAAGCAGGAGGCGCUGGUGAAGGAGCGGGAGAAACAACUGGCGAAGAGGGAGCAGUCGAAAGAGCUGCUGCUGAAGCUGGAGAAACAGAAGGAGAGAGAGCGGAAGAAGGAGGAGAAACGGAAGAUCGCCAGCUUGUCCUUCACUUUGGAUGAGGAGGAGGAGGACGGCAAGGAGGAAGAGGCGGAGGACGAGCUUAAAAGUGAAGAUGAGGAACUUAUUGUAGAAGUCCCGGUGAAGAAAAGGAAACUCGGGAAAAACCCGGACGUGGACACCAGCUUCCUCCCAGACCGGGACCGUGAGGAGGAAGAGAACCGAUUGGCGGAGGAAUUGCGACAGGAGUGGGCCAACAAACAAGAGAAGAUCAAAGGGGAGGAGAUUGAAAUCACUUUCAGCUACUGGGAUGGCUCCGGACAUCGGCGCACAGUGAAGAUGAAGAAAGGCAACACGAUCCAACAAUUUCUACAGAAGGGCCUGGAGAUCUUGCGGAAAGACUUCAGUGAACUCCGGUCAGCUGGGGUCGAACAGCUCAUGUACAUCAAGGAGGACCUGAUCAUCCCCCAUCACCACACGUUCUAUGACUUCAUCGUGACGAAGGCGAGAGGCAAGAGCGGGCCACUCUUCAGCUUUGAUGUCCACGAAGAUGUCCGCCUGCUGAGCGAUGCCACGGUGGAGAAGGACGAGUCCCACGCCGGUAAGGUGGUGCUGCGGAGCUGGUACGAGAAGAACAAGCACAUCUUCCCCGCAAGUCGCUGGGAGCCGUACGAUCCCGAGAAAAAGUGGGACAAGUACACGAUUCGGUAGAGGAGAUGGCACCUCAGGGAGCCAGCACCAGUUCGGGGCUGUUCCCUCACCCGGCUUCACCGCCUUUCCCUCAGCUCCAGUGUGUGUCCUGCGACAUCAUUCCCACAUCCAGCAUUCCCAGUUGCAGGAAUACCAGCUCUCUGCGAGGUUCAGACUCAGCCCCAUCCGGUUUCUCCGACCCUCACUCCACCACCCCUUUCGUUCCUCCACGCCAUUGCUCUCCAUGUUUGUACGCACAUGUCUGCACCUGGUGUGUGUCAGCCUGUGCAUCUGGGCAGGUGUGUGUGUGUGUGUAUCUCUGAGGGUGAGUGUGUGUGUGUGUGUGUGUGUGUGUGUGAGUGUGUGUGUAUCUGAGGGUGAGUGUGUGGGUUGGGCCCAGGUGGAACGGGGCCACUCUCCGUCACUGGGCAGGUAUGUGUGUGUGUAUCUCUGAGGGUGAGUGUGUGGGUUGGGCCCAGGUGGAACGGGGCCACUCUCCGUCACUGGGCAGGUAUGUGUGUGUGUAUCUCUGAGGGUGAGUGUGUGGGUUGGGCCCAGGUGGAACGGGGCCACUCUCCGUCACUGGGCAGGUGUGUGUGUGUGUGUAUCUCUGAGGGUGAGUGUGUGUCUGAGAGUGAGCGUGUGUGUGUGUAUAUCUCUGAGGGUGAGUGUGUGUCUGAGAGUGAACGUGUGUGUGUAUCUCUGAGGGUGAGUGUGUGUCUGUGUGUGUGUGUAUCUCUGAGAGUGAGUGUGUGUCUGAGAGUGAGCGUGUGUGUGUGUAUAUCUCUGAGGGUGAGUGUGUGUCUGAGAGUGAACGUGUGUGUGUAUCUCUGAGGGUGAGUGUGUGUCUGUGUGUGUGUGUAUCUGAGAGUGAGUGUGUGGGUUGGGCCCAGGUGGAACGGGGCCACUCUCCGUCACUGGGCAGGUGUGUGUGUGUGUGUAUCUCUGAGGGUGAGUGUGUGUCUGUGUGAAGUGAGUGUGUGGGUUGGGCCCAGGUGGAACAGGGCCACUCUCCGUCAUUGGGCAGGUGUGUGAGUGUGUAUCUCUGAGGGUGAGUGUGUGUCUGUGUGGAGUGAGCGUGUGGGUUGGGCCCAGGUGGAACCGGGCCACUCUCCGUCACUGGGCAGGUGUGUGUGUGUGUGUAUCUCUGAGGGUGAGUGAGUGUGUAUCUGAGAGUGAGUGUGUGGGUUGGGCCCAGGUGGAACGGGGCCACUCUCCGUCACUGGGCAGGUGUGUGUGUGUGUGUAUCUGAGAGUGAGUGUGUGUGUAUCUCUGAGGGUGAGUGUGUGUGUGUCUGUGUGUAUCUGAGGGUGAGUGUGUGGGUUGGGCCCAGGUGGAACGGGGCCACUCUCCGUCACUGGGCAGGUGUGUGUGUGUGUGUAUCUCUGAGGGUGAGUGAGUGUGUAUCUGAGGGUGAGUGUGUGGGUUGGGCCCAGGUGGAACGGGGCCACUCUCCGUCACUGGGCAGGUGUGUGUGUGUGUGUGUAUAUCUGAGAGUGAGUGUGUGUGUAUCUCUGAGGGUGAGUGUGUGUGUGUCUGUGUGUAUCUGAGGGUGAGUGUGUGGGUUGGGCCCAGGUGGAACGGGGCCACUCUCCGUCACUGGGCAGGCUGCAGUGUCCCUCAGUGGGGCCGUUUGCCUCUGCUGGGGCCCUGUGCUUCUCCUCAGGGCUGUGACCGCUCCACCCCACCCGAGCCUCUCGCUGAAGGUGCCCAUGUGCUGCUCUCCCCGGUACCGGGACAGGAGAGCUGCUGAGGGAAAGCUGCACUGUCGGGGGGCAAUGAGGGAGCUCUGCGCUGCGGGAGGGAGGGAGCACAGUACU